CCUCGUUCGACGCAUGUCGGUGUACGAGCGGAUCCAGCGCGAGAUCGACACCCAUACCGUGAUGCUGUACAUCAAGGGCACGCGGGAGGCGCCCGAGGCCGGCUUCUCGAGCCAAGUCGUCGCUGUCUUCCGCACGCUCGACGUCGACUUUGGCGUCGCGAACCUGCUCGAGUGCGCCGAGCUACGCCAAGCGAUCAAGGAUUUUUCGAGCUGGCCGACGAUCCCACAGAUUUUUAUCCGCGGCAAGUUUCUCGGGGGCAGCGAUACGCUUCUCGAAAUGUACAAGUCGGGCGAACUGCAGCGCAUCUUGGGUCUGGGCCCAUAGGAGAGACCAAGGACCCCGUCGCGACGUAGUUAGAGUCACGGCAGUGGCAUAUAUAUUGUUGAAUUCAUUAUUUCAAACGUG